AGUCAGGCGGCGGGUCCGCGCUGGGGGCCGUGUUCCCCUCCACACCCUGCUCCAGACCGAGAUGCCCGCAGGAGCGGCCCGUCUAAGUCAUCACUCAGGAGGCAAACCUUGGUCCUUUUGUCCCACCCUCCCGAUGUUGCCUACCAGAACCAGCACGCCCAAGAAGCACAGUGUGGUGCCCAACUUGAUGGAGAAGAGCUUGGUGGUCCUCCGGAGCGUGGCCUGCCGGGACUGCCAGGCCCCAGAACGGAAGCUUCGCCAGAAACAGCGCUCCCUCGGCAAGUCGGCUCAGGCCAUCAGCAGCUACUACAGGAAGAUGAGCCAAGCCAAGCAAGACACUGGCCCCGAGGAUGCUGGCUUCGUGUCCGAAGUGGAGGAACUGCGAAAGGCGUUUCUCAGGCGUCCUGGCUGCCCCCAGUUUAGCACCAGGGCCACGUCCGUGUCUCAUUUUGGUUCAGCCACGACAGUCGCUUUGCCUGAGGAGUUGUGUGUCGGCUCUGAGACCUGGAAGAUGAACGAGGACUCGUUCUCCAGCCAGUGGGGGUCAGACACGAAGGCGGACGGGCGCCUCCUCCCCGUUAGUAAGAGUGCCUGCGAGUUCAAUUACUUUCGGAAGAAGAGCGAAUCCCAGACAUUGAGCCCAGUCACCAGCAGCCCAGUCCUAGCACAGAGCCACCCGAGAAAGCGGAUACCCUGGUACAUCUCGGUCAUCCAUGAGAAGGAUCACUGCCUGUUCACGCUGGGGGAGGAAGUCCAGCGCCUCUCCGAGCUGCAGGUGCAGGUUCAGCAGAAAGACGAGGAGAUCUUGGCCCUCCAGGAGGAGAGGGAGGCCCUGAAGAAGCAGCUGAGAUACCGUCUCAACAGCAAAGGCCAAGAGACACCAGGGUACCAGGGCACGCAGGAGCGGCCCUCAGAGUCCAUGCCAAAGGCACUGGGGAGGCUGAGCAUCCUGAAAAGCUUCUUGAGAGACGACGAGGAGCAGCACCGCUGGCAGCAGAUGCACGAGGAGUAUGCCAUGAGCGACAGAGGCAAGGACACGGAAGCAGGCGGUGUUGAAGAGGAAGAGAGCCUGGAAGGGGAGGACGAGAGGGCGGCGGACAAGGGAGCAAAAGACCAAGUGGGCAGGAUGGGGUCUGUGCACCAGGAGCGAGGUGAGGAGGAGGAGGAGGAGGAGGCAGUGAAACUGGAAGAGGAAAGGGAGGUGCAGGAGGAGGAGGAGGACACCAACCCCAGCAGGAGGAGGACUUACUCCCUGGACGAGGCGUUUGAGCAGGAGCUGAUGGCCCAGCUGGAGGAGUACGAGCAGGUGAUCCAGGAGUUCCAGUUAGAGCUGGAGAUCACCAGGACCAGAUACUCCCUCGCAAUAGGGGCCAUCACGUCUUUACAACGACAAGUGGAUUUCCAAGAAUCCCAGCUGCAAAAGGUCAACACAGAAAACGAGAUGCUGCAGAAGGAGCUGCGAGAGCGGAAGCGUCAGUUACAGGCCAUGUCCGACAAGUUCUCCAACCUCCGAGAAGACAAGAAGCACCAAGAGAUGAUGGGGCUCAUUGAGAAGGACAACUAUCUCCUCCGACAGCAAGUGUCCGAGCUGGAGCGCGAACUCACCAAGCGGGAGCACACCAUCUCGGAGGCUGACGCCAAGGUCAGCCAGCUGCAGGCCCAGGUGGCCCAGAACCAGAACCAUCUGCAGAGGUGGAAGCAGCUGCAGGGGGAAAUGCAGGACAAGAACGAGAUGAUCCAGCAGGCGGAGGAGCAGGCCCGCGUGGCCCUGGAGAUGGCCCAGUCCAGGCUUGAAAGACUAAGAAACAAGAUCAUCCAGGCCACCUUUAGCACCUCAGGGAUCAAGUCUGUGGCCACUGAGAUCUCUGACAGUGACAUCCUGGAAGCCUUGCAGAAGAUCAUCUCGGAGAGAACCGACUACUACAAUCAACUGAAACUGAAGGGGGUCAAAGUGCCCCCCCUGCAACAGCUGGAGGUCUCAUCCUUGGCAGGCAAAUCCAAGAAGCUGCCCUCCAAGCGCGCCCAGAGGCUCUCGGAGCUCCGCUGCUGCGUUCGAGCCCUGUCGGCGGGGUCUGUGGGGAGGACCCGGCGCCAGCGCGGGGCUGCAACAGUGGGCGGGGGCUCGGAGAUCCUGGCCGCGUCCGGCCCUUGGGGAGCGCCGCGCCCUGCGGCCCCUCCUCCCUGCGGCCUCUCGCCCCUGCACCCCUCACUCCUGCCAUCCCUCGCCCCCUCGCCCUCUGCAGCCCCUGGCCCCUGCAGCACGCACCUCCUCCGCGGCGCGGUCCAAGAAGGCCUGGCGCCUGGGGUCCGCACCCCAGCUCGCUGCACCCCGGCGCCGGCCGUCCGCGCGGCCUCUUGGCGGCCAGGCAUCUCUCCCCGCAACCCCAACUCCCCCGGCCUGCCACCGGGAGGAGGUGGGUCUGGCUGCGGCAGCCCCCGGCCCUCCGAGGCCGCGGCCUCUCUGGCCUGCGAGCGGCCGGCCGGGGAGAGUGGCAUUGCCGGGGUCGGGGGGGGCAAGAGGGGCUGUCCCCGGCCCACCGACCGCUGGGUCCAACCCUCGGAGGGGCGGCCAGAGGCCGGAACUGCCCCCCAGCUCCUGCUGGCCGCCUGA